GUAAUUUCCUAUAGGAUCAUCUAGAUUAUGUUGUAACCUCCUGUACCUAGAUUAGAUUCAAGGCUCGAAAAUGAGGUCGUUUUACUGCGUCCUCAGAGUCGGGAUCGGCGUACUGGCGCUUCUAUGCCAGACAGGACUAGGCAACGCGAAUGCACUCACGUCGCAGCAGCGUCAAGAAGUAGAGCAUCUCCGCUUGCGUCACGGCAACAAACAACAUCAUCACGGCCGCCAUCAGCAUCACCAUCGCCACCACCAUCAUAGAGGCGCUCGCUUGGCGGAGAGGUUCGAAGAUGAGCGUGGUGAUGCACGUCGCGAUAUCGACAGUUCAACAAGUGGCCUCGACGUAGGAACCAAAGGAACAGCUACGAAUCGCAAGGUUAAAAAUAGUGCAAGCAAAGCAAGACUUGCAGCUCGUUUUUUCGGCGGCGCCAUUGGGAUGUCUAGUACCAGGACAAUGUCAACUGGGCGAGGUGGUUCUUCCAGACGAAUUGAAGAAGCUUCUGAUACUAGUACUAAUAUGGGAAACUUUAUUGUAUCAACUUCAGCAUCUUCUACUAGUACAUCAACUUCUCGUCUUGGGACUAGUACUACAUCUUCAACAUCUUCCAACUCCGAAGAAUCCUUGGAUUUGUCUCCGCUUCAUUCCCUAAACUCCUUGCUUUCGACUACAUCCGACGAAUUCGCCGCCAAAAAGGCUGAGUGCGCGGCUCUCCAGUCGCGUACCAAAGGACAGUUGCGGAGUGCAGAUUUGAACCUGCAAGAAACCCAGUCGAAUAUCGCACGUGCCACUGCUGCGUUGCUGGAGGCGCAGACGGAGAAAGCGCAAAAGGAACGCAGACUGCGACAACUGGAAGAAGCGGCGACGGACGGCAGACGAGACUGCGCACGACAGCAAAAGUCGUUGGAAUUAUGGGCGAGUGGAUCACUCAGCAAAUAGGAAAAAAUCAAUCUGACUAGCAGAGGUCAUCUCUAAUUCCUGAGGAAUUACGCGCGGCUCAGUCUGAAGCGCAGACGACGACUGAAGUACUGAAGGCUUCGUGUCCGGAGAGGGUCAAGGAAUUGGUUGUCGAUGGCCCCUCCGAUACAACUGGUGGCGCAACAGCGUUUUUAGAAGUAUCGCGACGACAACAACGUCGAACAGCCAGCCUAGGAAGAACAAAACAAGGGGUACGACAACGUCGAACAGCCAGCCUAGGAAGAACAAAACAAGGGGAAAGAAGAUCAGGAUCCUCUUCACGAUUCAAGAUGCGAAAGUGCCACGUGAAGAAGGGUUUGGACACGAAGAUGGCUACUGACGGGAAAAGAGAGGAUGCUGAGGAGAAUUAUGGCUUCUUGCGAGGACACUAUCUAUCGAUUCCGUGAUGUUCGUUGUAAAAUAUUACAGUAGAGAUGAUGAGUAGAGAGUGCAUUCUAACUCCUUCGAAAUACUGAUCUUCGAAAUCCUAGGUUCAUCUUAAUAUUACAGUAGAGAUGACGAUCUGAUGAAUUAUUACAUGGGGACCAGAGUGAUGAAUGUGAAGAUGAUUCUCUUUGGAUUCGGAUUUUUGCUCAAAAUGAUGAACUCAUCAUUGUCAUCAAGACCUCUUCUAAGAGGCCUCAUCCAAAAGUGUUAGUUUUCCACAUAGGAAAGAGGCCAAAAGGCGCAGCAGUGAGAUUCGCGCAAAGGGCAAGGCGUCUUCUGUCGAUGACAUGCAUAGCACAGGGGAGCAAGAAGGCCGUUUUCACCGUGCUCUAUCCGCGAACAAGCGUCGCAGCAAGCAUCGUUUUCUUGACGUCGGUGCGGAAGAUGAGCACCAUGGCCAUCGUCAUUUGGAGAAGCAUCAUCACUUUCACCAAAGUCAUCACUUACACGGUCAUCACUUACACGGACAUUUUUCGCGUCAUCAGACUCACGACGAAGCUCAAUAUCACACCUCGCAUCGCCACCGCCAUCGCCGUAACUAUCAUCACCGAUUCCCGCACCGAUUUGGUCACUUUGCGCGGCGUCACUACGAUGAUGAAUUCGUUCCUCGACGUGGUCACUUUGCGCGGCGUCACUACGAUGAUGAAUUCGUUCCUCGACGUGGUCGACAUCAGCAUUACGACUAUGUGGAGGGGGAACAUUCUGA